GUUUUACAACAAGAUAUCUAUCAUUCUUUUUUGGUUUAUGGUCGACAAGAUUAUAAAUGUGAGGAGUGAUCUGCACCCACGAGUCUGAGCCCAGAAAGGAGUGAGGCAAUGAGAGGGACGGGAGUUUACUGAAAGGGCAGUUGCCUCCCUCUCAUCUGCGCAUGAUUCAUCCAUGCCCCUCUCAAACCGCCCUUUCUUCUUUCUUCCUCGCAAGAAAGAAACUACAGAAAAGAAAAGAAAACAACAAAACACAACCUUUUCCAUCGAUCAUGAACUCGCUCUGCUUUCUUUAUUCGAUCUUGCUGUCUGCAUCUGAAACUGCUGCUGGCUGUGAUGAUAUGGACUUCUGUUUUUCUCUUCCUUUCUGGGCUACUAAUUUUGAGGUAUUUGGAAGACCCGAUCCGUAUCUUGGCGGGGCAACCCGGAAAAGGACCCGGUUGUUGCAGCCAUGGCAGUCUCGGCUAUCCAUUUCCCUCGGGAGAAACAGAUCUGAGCCUCUCAAAGGAGUUUUUUGUAAAUUCCAUAAAAAUUUGAUAUUUUCUUGUAUCCAAUUAUAAAAGUCUUACUGUUGGGUAUAUCCUUUUAUUUUUAUGCACAGACGGAGUAUUAGAUUUCUUCAUUUAUCAGUACAUCUAAGUACUAUCCUACCAAAUUCCUUUUGAAAUUUAAGUGGAACUAUUUUUGUUCAUUUUAGUGUAAGAUGUUUUUAGGAUGUUUUUGAAAUUUUAGUGUAAGAAAGUUUGGCCUGACUUGUUUAAGUCUGUUCUGGUUUCGAACUGAAAACGGUCCAACCAAAAACAUCCUUAGAGUGCAUGUGAGGAUGGGACAUAUAUAUUAUACUAAUCUUUAUGAAAUCUGACAUUUACCACCAUUAUUGCCAUACAUCACUUAUACCAAUACCAAAUUACCAAUUACUUAAAAAUUUAGCCGACAAAACAUGUAUACGUACUAUUUGUUAUUUUUAAUACUCCCUCCGUCCCAAUUUGUAAGAUACAUUUCGGUUUACGAUGUUUGACUGACAAUAAAGCAAAUUGAUCCCUGUCAACACCCAAAUUAGUUCUAGAAAAUAAAAUUUACAUAUUCAAAAACUACAUUAAAUCCGCUACAAAACCUGCAAAAAAUAAUUCAAACUUCAUAAACUUUUGAUAUAUAAAAUAAAAGUUUAUGAGUGAUUUAUGUUGACCAAGUGAAUAGUAAAUGUAUCUUACAAUUUGGGACUGAGGGAGUAGUAGUUUUUAAAGUAAAAACAACCUACAAGAAGUUAUAACUCCAUUGUUGAAAGCUAUAUUUUUGUUGCUUGAAGUCAUAUAGUUCACAAUUGAUAACUGAAUAUUGAACUCACACUUUUUUCUAUGUAUAUGUAUGUUUUGAAUAAAAUGCUGAAGUGAUCUAUUGAGUGAAAGAGUCAAUCUGGUGUGUGCCUUAAUUUUGAUAACUGUUUACUCCCUCUCCCCCUAACUUUGUCCUAUUUUACCUUUUUCGUCCAUCCUACUAAAUUUGUCCCAUUUCAUUUUUGGUAAUAUUUGAGUAGUUACAAUUCAUUCUUACGCUAUUCACAUUUUAUAAAUUUAAUACCAAUAAUACAAAUUCACUUUUCUUAAUAUUUGCACCACUCCCUUUUGUUCCAAUGUUAGAUGGGCGGAAGUAGUACUCCGUAUUAUUUAUGCAGAAAAUGAGGUGAUAUUUUUUGUAAGUAAAGUGAUUUUUUAGACUGCAAACUUCAUUACCAGAAACAGAAAUGUGCAUAUUUUUACAUCUUUCCAAUAUAUAAUGGGAAUGACCAUUCUCACGAGAGAUUAACUAUAUAUAUAUAUAGACACACACAAGUAUACAACACCCUUGCCUUAUUUCUUAAAGAGCUUGGGGUCGGUUGACAUGAAUUGACACAUGAUAUCGGAGUUUAAAACAAUAUAUAGAGAAAGAUGGAGAGCAAUGUAAGAACAAUCCAUAUACACGUACACAAACAAUGAGGAUCAUAGUAUAUUCAUCCUUUUGUCCUUAUUUUUCUGGGGUGAAGGACUGGAGGAAAGGGAUUGCAUAACUGGGUGAUGAUGAUAUUUAGCCCUUCCUUGUUCAUUCUUGGCAUUGAUGUGAUCUGACCCGUAUCUUGGUGGGGCAACACUCAUGGUUCAUGAGUCUCAUCACUCUCAUGCGCACCAGAUGUUGCAGCCAUGGCAGAAUCGUCCUGAUAACUGAUGGCUUUGCUGAACCUUUGUUUGGGGCAAUUCUGGAAUGGCCAUCUUAUUGCAGCCAUGGCGGAUUGCUCUUCUCAUUACCUCCCGCAGACACAAAUCUGAGCCUCCGUAAAAGAGUUCAGGAAGAACAGCCCUUAUGGAAGUAUCUUCAACAAUGUUGUACAUCUCAAUAGAAAAGGAUGAGGCACCAGAGGUGAGUUUGGAUUUUUUCUGGGUGGUUGCCCUCCCUCUGUAGCCAAUGAUUUCCUCCACCUUUAAAAAUAAGUAACCAACAACCCUCUGCAUUCUCGUAGAGAAUGUCUAUGCAGUAUGUAUGUAUAUGCAUGCAUGUCAUCAUCAUUACCCCAGUGCAGCACAGGCUUCCACCUAAAGUGGGGUAAGGGGUGUUGGAUGUACGCAGCUUUACCCCUGUACGCAACCUUGGCUGUGUCACUUUGUCACAAAUAUCUUAUUCUUAGUUUGCAGCUUUCCAUUUUCCUUUCUAAUUUUCUUUUGGUUGUCUUAUUUGGAUGCAAAUGGACCUUGCAUCUGAGACUUUGAUGAUUAUUGUUAAUGAAAAUUUCAGAUUUUCAGUCUGGCUUGUAUUUUGGCGUGGCAGAUUUUUUUUCUUGCAGCCAUGGUAGAUUUGUUGUACAUAGUAUUUUCGAUUGAUAGAGUAAAUGUUAUCCUGAACCUCAUUAUAUUUGUUUUCG